AUGCAGCCAGCUCCCGGCGCAUCCCCACACGGCCCCUCCCCUCCUGUUCCCGGAAGCAGCGCUAGCCCCCCACAACAACGUGAUGCUCCUCAAGGUCCUCCACCCGGUCCUACUCAACCGGCCCAACAAGGUAUGGCCCAAUCUCAACGACCAGGUUUACAGGGUGCAGGCCCUCAACAGCCCUCAAAUAUUAUGCAAACUUCUCCGGCUACUGGCCAAACCCAGAUGCCACUUUUAACUACACAGGGACCCCAUCCAUCCCAGCAACAGCCCCAGCAGCAGCAACAGCAAGGGCCUAUGGGGACCGUCCACCACCCAAUGUCUAGUUUGACUGUCGGGCACCCCCAGCAAGCCGAUUCCCGGCCCCCCCAGCACCAACCAGGCACCAACUCUGUAAGUCAAGCCCAGAGCCAAGCUCAACAGGCCGCGGCCUCGAUGCCCCCAUCCGCAGCCGGACCCGGCAGUGGGCCUGGGGGCCCCAUUUUAAAUGUAGGAGGCCCCCUACCAACCGCUCCUCCUUCCCGCCCCCUUCCCUUUGAUAUCUUGCCUUCCACUGCGGAGCGAGAUUUCGACAGUCGCAGAGCCUCUUCUUCUUUGGGUUUUCAGGGUGCUCAUGGUCAUUUGAAUGUAAAGGAUGCCUUAUCCUACUUGGAUCAAGUAAAGUUUCAGUUCCAAGAUCAACCAGAUGUGUACAACAAGUUUCUGGAUAUCAUGAAGGACUUUAAGAGUCAAACAAUCGACACACCCGGGGUUAUUGACAGAGUUUCGACACUCUUCAGCGGUCAUCCGAGCCUGAUCCAGGGAUUUAAUACCUUCCUUCCCCCCGGAUACAGGAUCGAAUGCUCUCAGGAUCCACGAGAUACUAAAAUCACCGUCACGACUCCCUCGGGAAUUCACCACGCUGCUUCGGGUGGCGAGGUCUCAAUUGGAGGUGAUAGGAGUGGGAUGCAGUUGAAUACUGCUCCAUUGGCUGCUGGUCCAGUAGAAUUUAACCACGCAAUUAGCUAUGUGAAUAAGAUAAAGAAUCGAUUCGCGCAACAACCAGAUAUAUAUAAGAACUUUUUAGAAAUUCUUCAGACCUAUCAACGGGAAUCAAAACCCAUCCAAGAUGUUUAUUCUCAAGUUACUCAAUUGUUCCACUCGGCGCCGGACCUCUUAGAAGACUUUAAACAGUUUCUCCCCGAAUCCGCUGCUCAGGCUCGUGCGGCAGCGGCGGCGAAAGCUGCUGCUGAUGAGGCAGCCGGUCAUACUGGGCAUUUAGGCCCGAAUGGGCCUCCUGGGCCUGGGGGGGCGCCUAGUGCAUCAAGGCUACCUCCGGUGGGAAAUUUUCCGCCUCCUCCUAGCGUUGGAAAGGAGAACAAGAAGAAGCGUGGUGCCCAAGGACUUAGCACUGUCCAGGAACCUAAGGCCGAGAAUAACAGUGUGAACGGCACCUCAAACGCAUCAAGAGGUAACAAGAGACAUAAGGUCGGCCACCCUGCCAAACCUUCUGUUGCUGAACAACUGGUUGCCGUCUCGCCUACGUUAAUACCUUUCCACCCCGAACCUCUUGGACCGCAACCACAGCCCAUGGCGACCACUGAGGAGCUUGCGUUCUUUGAUCGCGUUAAGAAGUUCAUUGGAAACAAACAAACGUACAACGAAUUUCUCAAGCUCCUGAAUCUUUUUUCCCAUGACCUAAUUGCGAAAGAUAUGCUUGUCGAUAAGGUAUCUAACUUCAUCAGUGGCAACAAGGAGCUGAUGGACUGGUUCAAGAGAUUUGUUGGCUACGAUGGGAAAGCGGAUGACUUAAUCGACAACGCUCCCAGCACAGUCAAUAAGGUUAGGUUGAAUCUUUGUCGUGGGCUUGGCCCUAGUUAUAGAUUGCUGCCGAAACUGGAAGCUCAAAAACCUUGCAGUGGUAGGGACGAGAUGUGUUGGGAAGUCCUUAAUGAUCAAUGGGCUUCUCACCCGACAUGGGCUUCGGAGGAUUCCGGGUUUGUUGCGCAUAAGAAGAAUCAGUACGAGGACAUUCUUCACAGAAUUGAGGAGGAGCGCCACGACUAUGAUUUCAAUAUCGAAGCCAAUUCGAGGACUAUACAGCUUCUUGAACCGAUUGCCCAGCGAAUAGCAAAUAUGACGCCAGAGGAGAAGGCGAAUUUCCGCCUAACCCCCGGUCUGGGCGGACAAAGUAAAACAAUAUAUCAGCGUAUCAUCAAAAAGGUCUACGAUAAGGAAAAGGGGCUGGAGGUGAUCGAAAUGCUUCACAACAAUCCGGUCGUAACUGUACCGAUUGUAUUGAAACGCCUCAAGUCAAAAGAAGAGGAGUGGAAGGCUGCCCAGAGGGAGUGGCAAAGGGUAUGGCGUGAUCAAACGGCCAAGGUGUUUUGGAAGAGUUUGGACCACCAGGGCAUCACGGUUAAGGCGAAUGAUAAGAAAGCUUUCAGUACGAAAGCGUUGGUGAAUGAUAUUCAGGCGAAGUACAAGUCACAGGAUGUCAGACGCCAGAGCUCUACAACACCUAUAGCCGAACAUCAAUUCACAUACAUGUUCGGAGACUUUGGCAUCAUCCUUGAUGCUAGCCGUCUCUUAGCUGUUUCUUUGGAGCAUAGCAACACCUUUAGCGCCAACGACCGCGAGAAGAUUGACUAUUUCAUCAAGUCUUUUAUCCCGCUGUUUUUCGGUAUGAACUCAAGGGAUGUUGAGGACACUGUCAACAGCAUCGCACGUAAGUCACCCGACGAUGAUGGUGACGAAGGGUCGCCCGCGGCCGGAGAGGGUUCAACUCGAGCGGCGCGCCGCGGCAGACAGGACGACUUGCUCAAAGACGUUCUCAAGCGCGGCACUGGCAAGAAUGGAAAGAGCUCCAGGAAAGAUAAGGAAGGGAGUGUCGCCUCUCGCGGAAGCAAGGAGUCCACUCCGGAGGUGAACCAGAAUGAUAGCGACAUUGAGAUGGCACUUGAUGGACCUUCGGAUCGACCGAUCAAAGAAGAACAGCAUUGGAUAUCGAGGCCUACAAAGCACCUCCCAGAUAUGAAACCUGGCACUCCAGUAUCCCAUGCUGAUGAAACAUCACUUCCCGUCAAGAGAACCCUGUUCACCCUAUAUGCGAAUACAACCAUCUAUUGUUUCUUCCGCACAUUCCAAAUACUUUGCAAACGUCUGUCGGACAUUAAGGCCUGUGAAGAGGAAAUUCGCAACGAUGUUGCCAUUCGAAGACAGCAGAAGGCAGCUCACGACCUGCACUUGCUGGGUUCCAGUAGUGUUCCUGGCUCCUCCAAAAUGGAAGAGCUUUUCAGUGAUACAAGCCCGAACGCGAAUUACUACUCACAAGUCCUUGAUCACUGCGAGAAGUUUAUCGAAGCCGAACUCGACUCAAAUACGUUUGAGGAAGGGCUUAGAUCUGUCUAUGUACAGAAGGGGUGGCAACUCUACACCAUUGACAAGCUGUUGUUAGCCAUUUUGAGGUUUAUCCAGGUUAUCGUGCCAAACGACACCAAAGAGAAGAGCUCUGACAAGGGCGGAAAUGCCGAUAUCAUCAGACUGUUCAAGUGUGAUAGAGAGCGCAGAGAAUUCACCAAAGAACGUGGUGAAUACCAGGAGCUGAUUAGUUAUCGGAGAAGUAUCGAGAAGAUGCUCGCGCCUGAAGAUAGUGUUUAUCGAAUCGACUGGAACGAGGAAAACAAGGAAGCGGCCAUCCGAUAUGUUCCAAGAAACGAAAUGACGAUUGCUAACGAACUCGAUAAAGACGAGCGCUGGAAUUACUACAUCCAGACAUAUAUGAUGUGCGCACCGACAGAGGGCAUUCCGUUGGGAAGAUGUGACAAAGUGUUCUUAGCAAGAAAUAGGCCUUCGGAGGACGACCUCCCGGAAGACGGCUCCCCUCGCGAGAUGAUUGGCAGCUCGGCAGCAGAUGGCUUCUGCAACGAAGAGAACAUGGAGAUACGAAUAUGCGUGAACACAUACCGCUUGUUCUUCGCGCAGAAUACCGAAGACUUUAUGGUGCAGAGGAGGUCCCAGCGGCUUGCUGGGGAGAGCAAGAUGCAGGCUGUUUCGGGGAAACGGAUUAAUAAGUGGCACGACUUCCUGAGCAAUGCUCCAUGGAUGCAGGGCAUGUCCCAGGAGGAGGUCGAGAGGAAGAAGGCGGAAUGGGAAGUUGCUAAGAAGAAUGGACAGCCCACGGAUGUCGUUAUGGGAGGUGCUUGACCUGACGGUCUACCAGAAAUCACAUUAGCGGUGGUUGAUCAGACUUGCCUGUUAUAUUAUCUUUCUCUUUCUUCUCACUAUUUUUUUGUUCGCUACUCCUAUCACAGCGGCCGAAAAAAUCGGGUUUCAUGGGCGGCAGUGGCGAUAGCGGCGCGGUACUUGGGUAUAGCGGGGGAGGUUUUUAUUUUCCGGGAUCCUAACUUUUUCUACCGGUUUAUCAUGCUUUUUCUACUUGCUUUUUUAUUCUCGUGAGUUGCUGCUUUGCUUUUUCUACCAAAUGUUUCACUUCUCUCUUUUUCUUUUCUUUUCUCCCCCAUGUGUCAACUUUGUCUUCUCUCAUGACGGCUACUGCUGUUCGUUUUUGCUUGUCAGCCUUGGAACGUCAGUCGCUCUACCGCAUCGCUCCACUGGUCUGCGGCGGGCACAUGACUCGUCAACCCAGCCCAGUCUAGCCACCUUCCGAAGACCCAACGAAAACGGCAAAAAAAAUAAAAAAAAAUAAACCCCCUCCCUUUCUCUUCCUCCUCUCUUCCCAGAAAAUAAGGCGUUGUGUUUUUGCUCAAGUUUGUCCCUACAUUAUCUUUUCCCUUCCUUCCUUUAUUAUUAUUUUUCCCUCUCGCUUUUGUUUCGAAUUCUGCUAUUUUUUGUUUUUCCUCUACGGUACCGGUAUUUGUACUUGCCGGCACUCUGAGCUCGAGCUCUAUUGUCGAAGCUUUCUCCCUUUUUCUUUCACCUGUAUAUUAGAAUUAUUGUAGUAUUCUCUUUCAAAAAAAAAAAA